AUGAAGGAAACCUCGUCUGACAAAGCCCCCUAUAUAGAUCGCAUACGCUCUUGGGCACGUAGUCACGCGUAUGGAGGCACGAAACCACCGACCGGAUCCAACAGCAACCCCGUGCUUCCCAUAAGCAACCCACCCUCCAAGGAGGCAUCUCAACUGCAGCGACCAAGCAGCAACAAUGCCCUCCGCAGCAAGGGCCGUUCCAGCGACCCCUCACUCGAUAAUGCCGCCAAGUUCAGAUCGGAUAGCGAUAAUGCCGAUAAAUCAGCUGCGCCGGCAUCUGAAGCUGAUGGGACGGGGACUGUCGUAGACCAAGUUGGGAAAGACAAGAAGCCCAAUAUAGUGGUCCGGUUCUUCACCACCUUCAAGAUGGUCCUGCUUCACAGCUGGAUCAACGUGUUCCUCGUGUUCGUGCCCGUCGGAAUCGUCGUUGCCAACAUUCCGGGAAUCAACCCCGGCGCUGUAUUCGGAAUCAAUGCCGUUGCAAUUAUUCCGCUGGCCGCCCUCCUCAGCCACGCUACCGAGUCUGUAGCCCGCAAGAUGGGUGACACCAUCGGCGCACUGCUCAAUGUUACCUUUGGUAAUGCUGUUGAGCUGAUUAUCUUCAUUGCACUUGUCAAGGGUGAAAUUCGUAUUGUUCAAGCUUCACUGCUGGGAUCAAUCCUUGCGAAUCUGUUGCUCAUCCUGGGCAUGGCCUUCUUCCUCGGUGGCCUACGAUUCCGAGAACAGAUCUACAACAGCACAGUAACGCAGAUGAGCGCUUGCUUGCUCAGUCUGAGUGUCAUCAGUCUCGUCUUGCCCACCGCCUUCCACGCAUCAUUUGCGGACGAAGCAAAGGCGGACGCUGAAUCUCUGAAGAUUAGCCGCGGAACCAGUGUGAUUCUCCUCCUAGUCUAUGGUGUCUACCUUCUGUUUCAGUUGAAGUCUCAUGCAUACAUGUACGAAUCAACUCCUCAGCACAUCAUCGACGAAGAGUCCACCCCUGGUCCUGCUUCCGCGUGGCUAGAUACCUCUAGUUCAGAAUCUAGCUCUUCUUCCGACUCUGACUCGGACGCGUCUGACCGCUCGAGGAACACAAUGUCGAAACGGGUCAGGCGAGCCAUUCGUGCUCGGCGCCGCAGAAAGUCCAGCGUGGCUUCUGUAGACACUGAUGAGGCUGGUUCCCGGACUCGAGCAUCCUCGUUCAAUACCAACAACACGAGUCCACUGCAUGAAGGCUCCAAGUCUACCGAGUCAGCUAACAAGAUUGGGUUCUUUCCUGCUUCCAAUUCUCAAGGGAGCGAGGAGGCAAUCGAAGAGGAAGAACCCAAGUCCCCCAAGCCUCAUCGGAAACGCCACAAGCAGUCCAAGCGUAAGCAUCGACGUCACAGGAAGACCUCCACGCCCCUCGAGCCCGAGGAGAGUAUGCCUACGGCUGCGGGCGAGAAUAUCGCUGGACUCAUCCCAGGAGCUGUGCAGAUUACCAACCCGACCGAUGGAGAACCGCGACGCGUGGAUUUUGCCGACAAUGUCAUCAACGUUGACGGCACGGUUGAUUCCAUGCCAGCUGGUGCCAAGCGGCCGUUCAACAACUUCCGUGGAAUCUCAUUUCGACCUGUAGCUAAGAGCUUGGCGCCCCCGGUUUUCACACAGCCUUCACAGGCGGGUACAGCACCGGUCGUUCCUGUCGGACCUGUUCCGCGCGUCCGAUAUGGAAUUCGCCGAACGAAUUCGCUCCCAGAACGGCUCAAUGAGGUUCAGUAUCGACCUCCCGGAGGACUGAUGCCUUCUCGAGUUCCAUCGGCGGCUCUGGCGGAAGGCGCUGCCGAAGACGGCGAGGUGCACCCCGAUGAUCUCUCGCGUCCGGCUGCCAUCAUCAUGCUCCUGAUCUCGACAGCCCUCGUGGCGGUGUGUGCCGAGUUCAUGGUUGAUGCGAUCAACGACGUUGUGGAGACCAGCGGUCUCAAGGAAAUCUUCAUUGGUCUCAUCAUUCUCCCCAUCGUCGGCAAUGCGGCGGAGCACGUGACGGCUGUGUCAGUCGCGAUGAAGAAUAAGAUGGAUCUGGCAAUCGGUGUGGCUAUUGGCAGUUCGAUCCAGAUUGCCUUGUUCAUCACGCCGCUGGUAGUCAUCUUGGGGUGGAUCAUCGACCAGCCCAUGACGCUGUACUUCACCCUCUUCGAGACGGUCUGUCUAUUCGUUUCGGCGUUCAUCAUCAACUUCCUGAUUCUCGACGGACGAAGCAAUUAUCUCGAAGGAGCGCUCCUAUGCGCGACAUACGUCAUCAUCGCCAUUAUAGCCUUCUUCUACCCCGAGGGCAAGGAUUCCAACCAGUGGAGCGCUUAG